AUGGUUGCUGACAUUGACUCUUUUUUUAAAUAUCCUUGGGGUCGUAAGUCGAUCUUGUUGACUGUUGAAAGUGCAAAGGCGAGGUCUACAGCGCAAUAUGUACAGAAAGAAGACAAUGGUGAUGCACUAGUAGAUGAUGACAGUUUAUCAGCAGUUGUAGCCUUUGUUCUUUUGGAGUUACAUGCAACAAACCAGCUAAGUUGUGCUAAGCUUGGUGAUGUGAUGGUCAAAACCGCUGGUCGAUGUUAUGCUGUUGAUUGCUUAUCCUUGGAAUAA